GGAGAGUCGUUUAGGUAAAGUGUUGACUUGUGUAGGAGUCUGGCGUGCGUGGCCGAUUUUGGGGGUCAGAAAAUCGGCAGAAAUAGCGACGUGACGCAAUCCGUAGGAAUCAUGGUUUGAAGGUGGAAACUGUGGACACAAGCAGGUGUAUGAUCUGACGUUGUGAGUUAUUCUGGAGUAUCCUGUGUUGUGUGUACCACGGCCGGCUCGUGUGUGCGGAUUUCCUCCAGGAUUUGGUACUGUUCAAACCGCACGGUUACUUCUGAGGACUGCUACUAGCUCAGUGCGCUGAGAGGACGUCUCACUAACCUGUCUGCCACUAAGCCUACUGUACUUGUUUUCUGCGUGAACACAUUGGAUAUAUUUUCACCAGGAAUCAACCAUUCACCCGAACGAACCAGCUUGCAAGGAUCCAACCUCAAGAACUGAGGACAAGAACUUGGAAAGAAACUCCUCAAGGAGACGCCGGGAAAGGAUUAUCGGACAGUGUACGGCUGGCUGUGGGCCAGGCCACGAACGUUUAGGAACAUUUGGAAAAUCGUACCACAGGGAUACAGCAAGCAGAGGCGUCACCAUGUGCAGCUAUAGCGGAUCUACAACGCCUUCGUACAGGCUAAUGCUCUUACUACUAGUGUUCUUGGUAGCAUCAUUGCACCAAACAACAGGCGAGAAGUUCAUAGACAAGAAUGGUUAUUUGAAGUGGAACCUCGGGAGCAACGUUCUAGUGGGCGCCGAGACCAGAUUGGAGUUCACCUUUCGCUACUGCAACAACAAAGGCGUGCUGAUUUACCAACAAGGGGAGGGGAGGAACUUCUUCGCGUUGGGAGUCAACGAUCAGAGACUGUACAUCGAGGCAUCCAUAGAUGGGUUAGCCGUGGAGAUGUACGUCGGUGAGGAUGUUCUCAGGAAUCAGACCCACGAUGUCACCAUCACAAACCUGAGGACCCUGAACGCCAACACCGGAGUCAUCAUCGACGGGAUCGCCUACACGCCAGAGGUGCUGACGGACGUGGUCGUGGACUUGGACUUCAGCCGCAGCAUCCUCGUCGGAGAAACCCAGAUUGGUGGAUACGAAUCAAUUGAUCAACUGAGGCUCAACACCCAGCGUUUGAAAGCCUACCCCAUCGUCUGCAUCGACUUCAUGCGUGCGGGGCAAACCGACAUCGAUCUGAACAACCCCUCUAGUCAGCUGGGCGUGACGGACAAGUGUGUCGUCUGUCUGCCGCCGUCCCUCGUCACUCUGACGAAGACGACGUCAUACCUAGAGAUGAAGGUGGACAACAACCCCCGGUCCAACACUAUCAUCAGCAUCAACUUCAGAACUAAGGCUACAGACGGUCUCCUGUUCUAUUUCGGAGGGCCGGCGUACCUGGCUCUGUACUUGGAGGGUGGGGCGCUCGUGCUGCGGCUGAACACAAGGGGAAGUGGUGCAGACACUAAAUAUAAAACAACCAGGACAACCUUCAAUGAUGGAGAAAUGCAAGAAGUUUCAGUGACGAGGACAGGCAACAUGGCCACCUUGGUUGAUGGCGCCGGGAAUAUUAUUGCCCGAGUAACUUUCGGUGGCAGUCAGAACAGCGCCCAGGCCCUGAACGCGGAGCGCCUGUAUGUGGGCGGCUUCCCGGACGCUAACAGCGCGGACCUGGCCGACGACAUCGAGGUGCGGCAGUCGUUCCGCGGCUGUCUGGAGGAGCUGCGCUUCGCCUCCUACAGCGCCGUGGAAGAAGCACCCACGCAGAUCAACUUCGAGAACCAAAAUGAGGCGUCGAGGGAUGUGGACUUCUCUGCCUGUCUGGAGUCUGCUAGUUGCCAGUCCUACUCGUGUACGGGAGAGGGUCAGCAGUGCAGCCUGGGAGUGUGUGAGUGUAUCCGUGGAUACGGAGUCCUGUCCCAGGACCCGCUCGAAUGCUACAACAUCGACGACUGCAGUCCCAACCCCUGUCAGAAUGGCGCGGUGUGCACAGACAAGAUCGCUGACUACAACUGCACAUGUACGGACCGGUACAAAGGUAAAAACUGUUCCGUCAUUCGGAACUGCUACGACUUCCCGUGUCUGAACGGCGCCGAGUGUAUCGAAUUGGACACGCCGACACCUAGUGCGACUGGUCGGAACUGCAGCUGUGCGCCAGGGUACAAGGGCGUCGACUGUGGACAGGACUGCGACGAAUGUAGUGAACAGUGCAACAGCGGAAUGUGCGUGAACUCCAUCAGCUGUGAAAACAGCAUCGGGGACUUCGUCUGCGAGUGUAAGGAAGGCUACGAAGGGAAGGACUGUAGCAGUGAGAUCGACUGGUGUAAGGACAACCCCUGCGGCACGGGCAUCUGUAACAACUUCUUGACCGGCUACAACUGCACGUGUCCGGACGACCCGUCAGGAGCCGUUCCGAACCGUCAGAGCUGCGGCCCGCUCCGCGUGGUCAACCCCAUCCAGAUCUCGCCCGCCGCCCUUGUUGCCAUCCUCGUCUGUCUCGUCAUCCUGCUGAUCCUUGUGAUCGUGUUCGUGGCGUUCCGUCGCCAGUACCAGCAGAAGAAGAAGAAGGCGCUGUACGGCUACGGGAACGGCCCGGACUUCGAGGAGUCUCGCGAGAACAUCAUGAAGUACGAGGAGGAGGGGUACGGCGAGGAGGACCAGGACGCCUAUGACGUCAAUCUCAUCAAGUCUGUUGGCGAUACCCUGAAGCAGCGCAAGCCCGAGGACAGGAGCAAGUACCCGACCCUUCCGCUAGGGGAGGCUGCUGACGUGGGCGACUUCAUCCACGGUCGCCUAGGCGACGCCGAGAAGGACACCAACGAUGGCGCCAUCGACGAGAUGAUGCCGUUCGGGGACGAAGGUCAAGGGUCACUGGCCGGGUCGCUGAGUUCACUGAACUCCAGCAGCUCUGACGGCGACCAGAACUACGACUACCUGCACGACUGGGGUCCCAGGUUCUCCAAACUAGCCGACAUGUUCAACGACGGGGAGAGUGACGACUAGGCCAGGUUCCUACCGAAAACACCGAGACAUUUAUGCAUAUCAAGACAUUCCAGACGGAAAUGUACUUGGGAAAAGAAAAAGAAAGGACACAAAAUACACUUUUACCAGUUUUGACCACUCGUUGUAACCAGAGGUGGUAAAAGUGCAUUUUGUGUGCAGAUGGAAUGCAAAAGAUGCUGGUAUGGAUAGAAUAAGAACGUAAGAUUUUAUAUUUUUGAACCAAAGUUUAUCGGCCUAACGUACUUCUCUAACACAUGAGUGAAACAGUACUUAGUGACAGUGUUUUUAUCCACCGAAAUGGCCAUAUAAGUUCAUAGCAUCCACAUGACGAAUACUUAGUGCAGAGCGUUUCUUUCAUAGCUGAAUUUUGUGGAAUAUUGUUAGUUAUUGCAUCUUGUUCCUCCGCCGUUCCUUGGAGGAACUCCAUCUGUACUUGUGGGGCCAAAUUGCUCAAAACCAGGAUGUCGACUUUCUAGAUCCAGACGUGAAUCUGUUGAUCAGAUUCAGCUGCUAUGUUUAAUUGAAUAAGAAGAAGUCACAAUGUUCAAAGGUCUCCGUUGACCAAUGAGAGGACUCAGAGAAAGCAAACUGUAACGGUCUAGUUUUCUAGGAUGUAGAGCAGACGUUGUGUUGAUGACAUGAUUGCGUAGAAUUGCAGGGUAAUCAAUCAUAUGUCGUUCGUUAUGUUUCAGUAGACGUUGUGAGCCAGGUUUCAGGAUAGUUUAACCAUUGUACCUACUGUUUAAAUGUAACGUUUGGAUGAUUAUUGGUUAGCCCCAGUCGUGCCCGACUUCUCACGAGAGCUCACGAGGAGUUACGAGACUUUCAAACAAUCAUUUGCCUGUUAACCCUUCUCAAAAGCAGGUUUUUAUGUCUGACUGUUGUUUCUCUAUGGAUUGUUAGCGCUGAAGUAACCACGUGAACGAAAGAUAAUGUACAAACGACUGAAACGCCAGUACAUGUAAAACAGGACAGUUUUAGUUUGAUAUCAUGGAGUUGAAUUCAGUAGCGGCAUACGCCUAGCUUUUGUCGCCAUACAUGUCUGUCAAUAUCAACCCCCUGUUCUUAAAGCUAAAGCGAGCGUUAUUUUAUGGUAUCUUGGCGCGUUAUACAAUUUGUACUUUUAUAGGAUGAUAUAGAGGUUUUUGUAAAUUAUUUGGCUGAAGAUUGAUGUUGUACAAAGGUGCUUUUUGAAGAGUAAAUAUUCUCUACAACAGUUGAUUAAGUAGCGUAGAUGUAACCGCAGAGUAGCGUGCUGUUAUUAUAACAACAAUUUUCCUCUGCUGUAUUGCCGAACAAUUGUUAAACAAUGUCCGCUUUAUGUAUAAGGAUCUCGCAAAGUUUAUGAAAUCAAUAGUUUGUACUUAUCCUAGAGUAGGAUCAGACGCAGCUACAUACAGUUCUUUUAUCGUUCUUUUUGUUUAAGUUUUCAAUAUCUCUACGUGUUUUCAUCAACCACUGUGCCUUUUGUGUUAUGAAGUGAACAACCUAUAAGGUUUUAUCGUUAUACCAGCGUUAUUUAUAGUGAAGCUUUCCCAGCGUUAGUCAGCACUUGUUGCAUUGGUUAAUUUCACUUGCUUCUGCGUUCUUAGCACUAUUGAAACUAUUUCUCUACCGAAGGAGAUUUUUAUAUGUCUUUAUUGAAUCUCCUUGCUUUAUCAUAUAGCAUGACAGCUUUUAAGAGUACGUUUUCCGCGAUGAUAAGAAUUUGUGGCAGAUUGUUAAAUUUGCAGCAAUGUGUGUACAUAUGUGAGGUCAUUAUUGGGCAAUAGUAGGUUUUCGAUUGAUAUCUAGGAGAGCAAAGACUUGGUUAUUGCGUGUAUUUUUGUACUCCUUGUUGUCAUCUUACUGUGAAAUAUUGAUAGGGGUGUCUUCGUGUUUAUGUCGACUCUGUGUCAAGAUUGAGAUCUUGUUUUUACUUGGAACGUUUUGGCCAUAAUCCUACAGACUUUUAAAAAUUUGCACGUACUGACUACUGUGCAAUGAAUGUAAAAAUCCGUUAGCUUGGUCUACCCCUUGACACAGUCUCGCGACUUCACACGAGAACACGCCAAGUGACAUAUGCUGUACAUGGAUGAUGAUGAUGCUGUCUGAUGAUUGACAUUCUCUGGCUGUCUCCGCCGUCCAUUCCAUGGUGUCCUUGUGAACAGAACAUAGUGUGCCAUGUCUUUGAUACCACCACCAACUGCUGUAGAUUGAUGACGUAAUUUUCUACCUUGUGCGGCUCAAAUAAAGGAAGUUUUCUUGUACU